AUGUGCAUCGAUUACACCAAUCUCAACAAAGCAUGCCCCAAAGAUCUGUUCCUUCUCCCCCGAAUCAAUCAGCUGGUCGAUGAUACUACCGGGUGUGCUCUGCUUAGCUUCAUGGACGCAUUCCGUGGAUACCAUCAGAUAUUUAUGCAUGAAUCAGACGAAGAAAAGACCGCCUUCAUCACACCGGACGGGGUGUACUGCUAUAGGGUAAUGCUUUUCGGUCUGAAGAACGCUAGGGCCACAUACACCCGAAUGGUAGCCCGAUUGUUCAAAGGGUUGAUGGGCGGAUCUAUGGCUGUUUACGUCGAUGAAAUGCUCGUUAAGAGCAAGGAGGAGACAGACCACGUGAAGGACCUGAUGGAAUGCUUCGAAAUUAUGAGGAAAUUUAGCUUGAAGCUGAAUCCCAAGAAGUGUGCAUUCGCGGUCCGGGGAGGAAAGUUUCUGAGAUAUAUGGUCACGCAGCGUGGAAUCGAGCCGAACCCAGAGAAAACUGAAGAAUGCCAGGCAGCCUUUGAGGACUUGAAGAAGUAUCUCCUAGCUCUGCCACUCUUAUCUAAGCCCAAGGCAGGAGAGACAUUGCUAUUAUACCUGGCCGUCUCCCAUAAGGCGGUCGGAGCUGUGUUAGUACGGGAGGAUGAGAAGGCUCAACUGUCGGUCUAUUACGUCGGGCGGACUUUGAAGGAGGAAGAGAUUUAUUAUUCCCUGCUCAAGAAGGUAGCCUUCGCCCUCAUCAUGACGGUUAGGAAGUUGGUGCCUUACUUCCAAGCUCAUACAGUCCGGGUGUUAAUCGAUCUCCCUCUAGCUAGCAUGCUACACAAUCCGGCCUCAUCCGGACGAUUGCUCAAGUGGGUGAUAGAGCUCACCCAGUACGGGAUCGAAUACGCCCCGCGGCCGUCUAUCAAAGCUCAGGCUCUCGCCGAGUUCAUAGUGGAAUGUUUCGCUUACCCGACGGAGGGCUCGCUGGUCGAAGGCCCGGAAGCAGCGGAAUGGUGUAAAAUCACAUUGUGGAGGCGGGGUGAUGAUCACCACCCCCGAAGGAUUUCGCUUGUACUACGCCCUAAGCUGAAGAAUGAAUGCUUGACCAGAGAAGAAAGGCUGAUACUCUAUAAGGACGUGGUCGAGGGACUGUUGGAUAAACUGGAAGCCUAUGAGAUCACCCACAUCCCACGAGUGAAAAAUACGGAGGCAGAUAUCUUGUCCAAGCUGGCUGCGGGAAGUGUGCCUCCCUACCUGUCGAUGACUUGUCACACCAAGAUCAUAGAACGACCAAGUACUGAUGUGCUCUCGAAAUCAGAGUUGCCGGAUAAGAAGGGAGACGCCGGUCGCAUCAGGAGGCAGGCUUCCUCCUAUGAGUUGGUGGACGGCUUGCUCUACAAGCGAUCCUACGGAGGUCCUCUACUGCGUUGCUUAUCCCCCAAGGAGACUAAGACUGUGAUGGCUGCCGCUCACCGGGGAAUCUAUGCGGCCCAUCAGGGGGCCAAUACUUUGGCCAUAAAACUUAUCAUUCAGGGCUAUUACUGGUCGACCAUGGCCGUCAAGCGCUAUCAAGACAAAAGAGGGAAAGUCAGAUACCUCGAGAUAGGAGAUCUUGUGCUAAGAGAAAGGACGGCCAGCCGACCCACUGAAGGAGGAAAGAUGGCGGUUAAAUGGGAUGGGUCGUACUGGGUGGUGAGCAAGGUUUACCCGGGGACCUACCGGUUAGAAACCACGGAGGGCGAGCCCGUGGAAAGAAUUUGGAAUGCUCAUCACCUCAAGAAAUUCUAUAAGUGA